GGAGGAGAACAUGUACAUGCUCCAGGGACUCACAGAAAUGAAAGGCCAGUGAUUGGGUGUGUGGAGGAUGCACCAACUCAAACACCGCCAAAUCCCCACCCGUUGGAAUGACACUGGAGCCCGAGCAGGAAGCAUUGCCUGUCUUUAUUAGAACUGUGUGAGAGAGAGGUAUACUGUGUCUUUCUCAUCAAAGACUGUAUCUCCUUUCAGGUGAGUUCUAAGGAAUUGGCUGUUGCAGAGGUAUCACAGAUGCCAGGGGUACCCCGGCCCCUGAGCAAGAAUGGUGCCCCCUUCUAGGCACUGUCUCCUUCUGAUUGGCACUCUAGGUGUCUUUGUUCUAGAGCGUGCCACCAAGGGGCAGAGGUACAGCACACUGAUUUUCACUCUGGAAAACACCCUUCGGAACUGCAGCUGCCCUGUAGAUGUCCGGGCCUGUGACUACAGUUUGGCCAACCUGAUGUGCAGCUGCAACACGGUGCUGCCAGCUGCAGUGGAGAGAAGUGCCAGCUAUGACGGCCGUCUCACCAUCUGGUUCACAGACGUGUCAGCCCUGGGCCGCCUGUUGAACUUCACAUUGGUCCAUGACCUGAAGCUCGCCCUAUGCAGCUCCAGCACUCUCCCCUCUGCCUACCUGGCCAUCUGUGGACUGAGGAGGCUCCAUGUCACCACUGAGGCCAAGUCUCUAUUCCCUGAGCAGAGCCUGUUCAUCCACAGCGGUGGGGACACUGGCUCCGAGGACAAGCUCCUGCAGUCACAUAUAAAAGGGCAGCCGUGCACAUCUGUCUCCUUCUUGGAUGUGGCUCUCUUCAACAGGAACUCAUCCUUGAAGUCUUACAGUAUAGAGAAUGUGGCCAGCAUAGUCCACAACUUCCCUAGCUUCUCUUACUUUAAAACCUUCCCCAUGGCCAGCAACCAAAGCUGUGUAGUCACAGUCAUUUACUGAUGUCACGAUUGUGUCCGGCCACCAAGAACUCUGUCAUGUGAUGCACAAUUUAAACAAAAAAUUGGGGGCUAAGGCCAAGAGGUGGGUGCCUUCCCUGCACCUCCAAUGCUAGUACAAGAAGGCUGGAAGACAUGCCCACAAAUCAAGAUACAGCCAUCACCACUUAUCUAAAAUGGAUACAGACCAAGACCCCUAGGAGAUGCCAAAAAAUGGCAGGUAGUGCCACACCUGUGGGUGCUGUCCAUACACAUCUGUGAUAUAGUGCAUAAACCAGGCACUGUGUGAGGUUAGCCACCAUAACUAGCAGUAAAACAGAGCAACUUGCACCUUGCCUUUACUGCAAUAAAACUUGGGUGACUGUCAAUCUCUCUCGUUCUCUCUCUUCUUUUUCUCAAAAUAUAUUGUACUUUUACUGAAGAAACACCGUACAGCUCUUCUUUGCAAUGCCAGAUUGCCAGAAUCAUUUUUCUUGUGUCUUGGGGGCAUUAUAGAGUAAAACAGGGUGAUUGGAAUGUAAACCCUGGGGGACUGAUAACUGAGACGGCUAUUGAGUGGCUAAUGAAUGGGUAGUGGACACAAGGUGUACAUGCUGGACAGAGGGAGAGUUUACAUCCCAGACAGGAAGGAAUGGGAUGGCACAAGUUCUCAUCAGGCUACUCAGAGCAGUGUGAAAUCUCACAUUUAUGAACUGUUUCCAGGAUUUUCCAUUUAAUAUUUUCAGCUUGCCAGGGACCACGGGAAACUACAACGGUCAAAAGAGAGAGAACUCAGGAAAAGGGGAACUUCUGUCCUGCUUUACAUUUUUUUUUCUAUUAUAUUUGGAACUGUGUUUAAUUACCCUGGGGACUAGCCUUGGAACCUCACAUUCAUCUUUAGCACCAUUCCUGUGGUCAAAAAUGCCCAUGUUACUAAUCCAUCUUUUAACAGGUAGACUCUUAGGGCUCAUUUGGAUGUUAAAAAUGGAAAUAGUUUUAUGUAUGCUGAUUAAAGGAAUCAAAGCAAA